CACCUUAAGUCUAUUACGGAAAAGAUGAUUCUCAAGCUACAAGCUAAGUUGUUACCAAGAUUCUAUGUCCUUUGUAUCAUAUUACACACCACACGGGCUGCGUAUAUUCCUCAUCUAGAUGUAGAAGAAAAUAAUGAUCAUCAUCUACCAGUUGCAAGCUCAUUCAUGCAUUUUCACGGACCAGUUGAAGGACCUGAAUUUGAAAUUAAAAUUCCUGACCUCGAGAAUGGCUACCAACAUGACAGCAAUCACCUUUUAGGCCAUAGCCACACUGACCACGAUGAUACUCACCACUAUCCUUACACUUUGGACUAUGUGGCCCAUCCAAAAUACGAAUUCUCCUAUGGUGUUGAAGAUCAUCAUACUGGGGACUUUCACGGACAAAAAGAAGUGCGAGAUGGUACAAGUGUGUCAGGUGAAUACAGUGUAAAAGAACCUGGUGGUAGUAUUCGCAUCGUUACUUACAAAGCAGACAAAGACGGUUUUCACGCAUACGUCCAUACUUCUGGAAAAAAUGAUCAUACGGGAGCUACGUACACUACAAAAGCUCAUACCCAAACUGAAGUUCAUGAUCAUCAUGUUCAUUAUACUGAUGCAACUGAUGGCAAUUAUUAUUCUCAACAAGAAUACGUUCGAUAACACUGAAGUAUUA